AGGGUUUGGGUCUCUCGCAUCCAUCGCCAUCCGCCAAACGCCUCCAGCUCCUCCGCCGCCGCCGCGAACCGAGACAGCAGACAUGGGCGUCUACACCUUCGUGUGCCGCAGCUCCGGCGGUGAGUGGACGGCGAAGCAGCACAAGGGCGAGCUGGAGGCCUCCGCCGCCACCACCUACGACCUGCACCGCCAGCUCGUCGCCGCCGCCUCCGCCGCGGACUCUUCCGCUGGCGUCCAGUCCUCCUUCACCGCGGUCUCCCCCACCUCCGCCAUCUGCCAGGUGAUCAUUGGCGCCGUCGGUGGUGGUGCCAUGGUCGGAGGUCCUGCUGCUGGUGGUGCUCCCGCAUCCGGUGGAGCUGCCGCUGAGGCCCCUAAGGCUGAGGAGAAGAAGGAAGAGGAGAAGGAGGAAAGCGAAGACGACCUGGGCUUCUCCCUCUUUGAUUAGAUCACUCUCUUGCUUUGUCGCCCACAAAAUGGCAUAUGGUACUCCUAUUGCAGUAAUUUUGGUGCCCUGUGCACAUAUCUAGAGGUUUCUGAACCUGCCGUGCUGAUUGUCAUGUGAUCUAUGUGUUACUUUCAGUUCAUGUGAGGACUUGGUUAUGUUAUUCAGCAUCAGAUAUCCUACUACUGUUUUUCUUCUCGCUAGUCUAGUUUCUCUGUUA